AUGGGAGAAAUACACAGCUUGAAACCAGAAAGCGUCGAGGCGAUCAAGAAGACAAUUGACGCAGCGACAAGUGCUACCCCAGGUCCAACCACAGCAGCAACUCAGGCCAAAAUCCCGGGUACAGUAUUCGUGGCAAUCAACAAGAAUGGAGAAGAAAUCUUCUCUCAUGCCAGCGGGAAGAAAGGUGUCGACGGCCCAGGUGAAAUGGAUUUGGAUACCAUUUUUUGGAUUGCAAGCUGUACUAAGAUGAUUGUCGGUAUUGCUUGUAUGCAACUUGUUGAGCAGGGUAAAUUCAAAUUGGAUGAUGCCGAUAUUGUUGAUAAGUAUGCUCCUGAACUAAGAGAUAUGAAAAUCCUUAAAGGCUUUGAUGAGACGACUGGUGAACCAAUCAUGGUAGCGAAGAAAAAUAGGAUCACUUUGAGAAUGUUGUUGAGUCAUACUGCUGGGUUUGGCUAUACCUUUUUCAACAAGGAAAUCCGACGGUUGGGCAUGCCAACAGGAAUCGAUGAGUUCUCUGGUCGAUUUGAAGAUAUGACUGCUCCUCUGUUGUUUGAGCCUGGAACUAAAUUUAAUUACGGGACAAAUAUCGACUGGGCAGGUACUCUGAUCGAACGAGCAACAGGAAAAACCCUCAACGGAUACUGUCAAGAGCACAUCUUCACACCUCUCGGCAUCAAAAACAUCAGUUUCUUCCCUUCCCCCAGCAUGAAAGGUAAACUAGCACACAUGCACCAAAGAUAUCCAGACGGCCAUCUCACAGUACGAGAACACCUUCUCCGAGCCCCCCUAGUAUCAUCCCCUCUCUUUUCACCAGACCAAAAAGGCCAUCAAGACCCCGAACGAACGAUCUUCAACUCCGGCGGCGCAGGAUGUUUCGGCUCCCCUCGCGAGUACGUGAAGAUCAUUGCAAUGUUCUUAAACGACGGUACAUCUCCUGAGACCAAGAAGCAGAUUCUGAAGAAGGAGACUGUGGAGGAGAUGUUCAGUAAUCAAAUCCCGGAUAUGCCUGAUUUUGGCCGUGAGCCAAUUUAUCCCGCGACUCCAGAGCUGAGCAAUCAGAUUGCUGAGUUGUAUCCGCAACCUAAAGAGCAGGCGCAAGGUUGGGGAUUGACGUUCAUGUUGACCAUUCAUGAGGGUGCUACGGGGAGAGGAAAAAAUACUGGAUGGUGGGCGGGAUUGCCGAAUUUGUUUUGGUGGGCAGAUCGCGAGAAGGGAGUUGGUGGUAUGAUUGCUACUCAGAUCGUUCCUUUUGCUGAUCCGCAGGUCAUGGGUCUCUGGGCUCAGGUGGAACAUGCGAUUUACCAAGGUUAG